AUGCUCCAAACUGCCCAGGCAGCAGGAAGGCUGCACCGAGUAACCGGUGUUGUAUUUUACUUUCAGAGUCCUUCCCAGCUUCCCUAUGGCAAAGCCCUCUACAGUUACGAGGGGAAAGAGCCUGGUGGCCUCAAGUUCAGCAAGGGAGAUGUCAUCAUCCUGAGGCGCAGGGUGGACAAGCACUGGUUCCACGGGGAACUGAGUGGUACCCAUGGCUUCUUGCCAUCCAGCUAUGUGCAGUGCCUCCAGCCCCUGCCACCUGCCUUGCCUCAGGGCAAAGCCCUGUAUGACUUUGAGAUGAAGGACCAAGACCAGGACAAGGACUGCCUGACCUUCACCAAAGGUGAAGUCUUGUCUAUGAUCAGAAGAGUGGGUGACAACUGGGCAGAGGGAAUGCUGGGAGACAAGGUCGGAAUUUUUCCCCUCCUAUAUGUGGAGCUCAACGACUCUGCCAAGGAGCUUAUUGAGAUGGACAAGCUCUGCCCAGCUGCUGUAUCUGGCUGCCAUGCCUCAUUGCCCUCUGACCCCGGCACAGUGGCCAGUAUGGCCCCACGUCCCACUUUAAGCAGCACAGGGGCAGUCAGUGCCUUUCAACAGCAUGCAGACAGCAAGAAGAACAUCAAGAAAUGCCAUUCCUUUACCAUAUUCAGUGUGACACACAGGUCCUCACAGGCCACCAGCCACAGGCAUUCCAUGGAAAUCAGUGCUCCAGUUCUGAUCAGCUCCAGUGAUCCCUGGGCUGCGGCCAGGAUCGGGGACCUGACUCAUCUGUCCUGCAGUGCUCCUGCCCAGGACUCCUCCCCAGCUGGAUCCAACCCAGUGGCUGAGCAGCACUGCAUGGCUCCCAAAGCCCAGCUGUCCUUCAAUAUGUACUUGGCACUCUAUGCCUACAAGCCCCAGAAGAAUGACGAGCUGGAGUUACACAAGGGUGAGAUGUACCAUGUCCUUGAGAAGUGUCAGGAUGGCUGGUUCAAGGGCACAUCCCUGAGGUCUGGGCUUUCUGGGGUGUUUCCAGGGAACUACGUGAUGCCUGUUUCCAGGGCUCCCUUAGAAGGGGCUGGGCUACCCUGGAAUAAUGUGGUUGGAGGUUCUCCACUGGCCAGAGGGAUAGCCACAACAAUCCACCCAGGUGGUAGAAGCCUGAGCAGCCCUGCUCGUGCCCUGAGACCAGUUCUUCCUCUCAGCACAGCCCAGGUCCAGCACCAGGCAGCCUCUCCCCUAGUGGGCAGUUGUCUCUGGCACUCAGCCCAGUUGGUGGAGAGCCGAGCCCGAAACACCACCCCCACAGCUACCCACUCCUCUGCUCAGGAUCAAGACCGACCAACCACCACAGUGUCACCCGUGCACACCCAAAACUCCCUUCUGCCCACAGCCAGCCACAAGCCCCACUCCAUGGUGUCCCCGAAGCACCUCCAUCAGCCCCCAAUGCAGACCAUCACUGAGGCACAGUGCAUUCGGCCAACCAUCCCACUCACAUCAGCAACAUCAGCCAUCACACCUCCCAAUGUCACUGCUGCCAAGCUCAAUGGGGACACCGGAGUGGGGACUGUCAGUGGCCUGUCAACAUUCAGCCCCACCAACAUGGAAUGCAAACCUGAUGAGAAGAAAAAUGAAAAGAAAGAGAAGAAGAGUGGGCUGCUGAAACUUCUAGCCGGGGCAUCCACCAAGAAGAAGUCUCAAUCCCUGACGUCCAUCUCUCCCACCCAUGAUCACCAGGUGGCAGUAGACACUUCACUUUAUGGUGCAGUGGGGCUGGAAGUGUCCUCACUGUCCAUCCAUGGAAGGGCAGAGUCCUGCCCCAUAGACAGCGAGAUUCAGGGGGCAAUGGGGAUGGAGCCACUGCACAGAAAGGUGGGCUCCUUAGAUCUGAACUUCUCAUCACCUUCUAGGCAAGCCCCUUUCUACAUGGCCAUCACCUGCCCCAAGCCCAAGCCCAAGCCCAAGCCGGUGCCUAGAGAGAGGUAA